AAUCCCCACGAUGCCUCAACACCAACUCUACCUUCAACCGGAUUGUCAACAGUAGUAAUGUCUGCCGUUAGCAGGGAAGAAAGGCUCUCAAAAAUGGAGAACGAAGCGAAAACUUCCUCUGUGUCAAACAGUGGUCAGGAAUCACUGGACCGGCUUCUCCCCUCGGUAAGCACAGGCCUUUCUCCCAGGAAAAGAACUACCAGUCAGUGCAAGUCUGAGCCUCCUCUCCUGCGCACCUCCAAACGAACCAUCUACACCGCUGGCCGCCCACCCUGGUACAACGAACAUGGAGCGCAGUCCAAAGAGGCCUUCGUCAUUGGUCUGUGUGGCGGGAGUGCUUCAGGAAAGACAACUGUAGCCAGGAAAAUCAUUGAAGCUCUAGAUGUUCCAUGGGUUGUACUACUGUCAAUGGACUCUUUUUACAAGGUCCUGUCCCCAGAACAGCAGACUCUGGCUGCCAGUAACGACUAUAACUUUGACCACCCUGAUGCCUUUGACUUCGAUCUGCUGACCCACACCCUGCGCAAACUCAAACAGGGCAAAAGCGUGAAAAUCCCUGUGUAUGACUUUACAACUCAUGGGAGACAGAAGGAGUGGAAAACCGUAUAUGGAGCCAGUGUCAUCAUCUUUGAGGGAAUUAUGUCCUUCGCUGAUAAAAAGCUCUUGCAGUUGCUGGACAUGAAGAUUUUUGUGGACACAGACUCUGACAUCCGGCUGGUGCGUCGGUUGAGGAGGGACAUUACAGACCGGGGCCGAGACAUUGAGGGUGUCAUCAAACAGUACAACAAGUUUGUCAAGCCAGCAUUUGAGCAGUACAUUGAACCCACCAUGAGGCUGGCUGAUAUUGUUGUGCCACGUGGCGGUGGCAACAUGGUGGCCAUCGAUUUGAUUGUGCAGCAUGUCCACAGUCAGCUGGAGGAGAGGAAACUUCGCUGGGAUAUGGCAGCCUUGGCGUCUGCACACCAGGCCCAACCCCUCCCCCAGACCCUCAGUGUUCUGGAGAGCACACCCCAGGUCAGGGGCAUGCACACCAUCAUCAGAAACAAGGAAACCAGCCGCGAUGAGUUCAUCUUCUACUCCAAGAGGUUGAUGCGUCUGUUGAUCGAGCGAGCGCUCUCCUUCCUCCCCUCACAGGCCCACGUAGUGCAGACCCCCCAGGGAGAGGAUUAUGAAGGCAGGACUUUCCACGGGAAGAGGAUCACAGGCGUGUCCAUCCUACGAGCCGGGGAGACCAUGGAGCCCGCGCUGAGGGCCGUCUGCAAAGAUGUCCGCAUCGGCAAGAUCCUCAUCCAGACCAACCAGGACACAGGAGAACCAGAGCUUCAUUACCUGCGUCUACCGAAAGACAUCAGCGAAGAUCACGUGAUUCUGAUGGACUGUACUGUGUCCACUGGAGCUGCUGCCAUGAUGGCUGUUCGAGUCCUCCUGGACCAUGACGUCCAGGAGGACAAGAUCCUACUGGUGUCUUUGCUAAUGGCUGAAAUGGGAGUCCAUUCAGUGGCAUACGCGUUCCCACAGGUCAAAAUCAUCACCACAGCUGUUGACAAGAAGGUCAACGAUCUCUUCCACAUCAUACCUGGCAUAGGAAACUUCGGGGAUCGAUACUUUGGAACAGAUGCACCCCCUGACUGGAGCGACGAAGAGAUGGAUGAGCCCAGUUGCUGAUGCGCUAACUUAUUGAGGGAUUUGGAGCUGUGCCCCUCGAAGGACAAUAUGAGGACAUGCUCUUUGACGCUGUUGGGCUGUAACGUGCAUCCUUCAAGGGCAAACAAGGUGCCCGGAGGAAUCAACUGAAAACAGGACAAAACACCUUGUUGACAUUUUGAAGUAUAUCAUUUUAUCCUAUGUAAAUGCUGUUGCAGAAAGUUUGGGUUAUAAAGUAUGAAAUAUUUUUAUAUGUACAUUAAGUCCAAAUAUUUUAUUUCCGUGUUUCAAUUGUGGCAAUCUCUGAAAUUUGCAGGCAUGUUGCUUCGAAAAGAUAUAUCCAGCCUUAAGGCGUGUACUGUAGACGACACAACUGAAUGUGAAUUUGCACGUGCCGUAAACGAAAAAGACACACACGGCGUUUAAGGUUAUUUUUUACCAUAUUCCUUCCUCACAACUUUUUCAAAAGUAAAAUCGGAACAUGAACUUGUGUUGCUCAACUUCCAUCGCCACAGGCACUUUCUGAAAGACCAUUCUAUCGGAAAAUGCGUGGGUGUACCCGUGUUUCUUUCAGUUCUCUGGCGCACCCUUUUCCUUUUGUGGAUGCUGACCUAACCAGUUGAAACCGUUAUUCAUUAUUCAGCCAAAAGUAUGCACUUGUGGUGUAUAUUGAUGCGCCAUAUCUUUAAUUUACAUAUUUUCUUUGUAUAGACCUGACCAGUCAGCAGGCAAGUCAUGCAUCUUUUUGCUGCUAUGAAAAUGGGUCAUCUGCAUUUAACAAAUACAGAUUAAGUGUUUAUUUCUCACACGUCCUGAUUUCUGCUUCUGUUUUUCAUGCAGUAGAUGGGAUUUGUUCACAAAGCUCUGCUAGUGCCUGAUCUUUAUACUUGUAUCAGUAUUGAAAUGAAUGAGAUCUGUCUGUUAAAGUUUGUGCCUAUUUAAUAUUGCCUUGUUUAUCCGUAAGUUAUUUGAAGUGAUGCAAUGACUCAUAAGAAGGAGAAUUGUGAUGCAUACUCAUUUUAAUAUCAUCAGGUUCAACAAGGUUCAACAAGUUAACUGUUAUAAUUAUUAUUUAAUGGAAGAUUAAAAGAAAAGAAAUACAUAUAACAUAUAUAUAUAUAUAAAAUAAUUUAAAGUUAUUUAUUUUGACUUGAAUAUACAACAUUUAAAAUGCAACUUUUCGCCACAUUAGCUACAAGCACCGUUACUACUGUUGGCUCACCCUUACUUUUCCAUUUAGUCACUUGCUACUGUGCGGGAUGUGCUUACUUCUGAAUACAACUGUUUGUGAGUCACUGUACUGAAAAUACAUCAAUUGUGCUUGCCGCCUCAGCGUCUGACUGCGUGCGAUUUUGUGUUUACCACUGCUGCUGCAUGUUUUUUAUAUAUUUAAUAAAAGUGCAGUAAAGAUUUUAAA